AUGAAGUUCUAUAGCUUGGACGAGGAGAAGAUAUUCAAUAGCAAGAUUGCGAGUGAGUACCACUCGGUGGACGUAAUUGGGGCUAAACUAGGCGGGAAAGUGCUUUCGUUUUCUGACGAAUGGUUCGCUGCUGCAGAAAACUUGAUUCUACCUAAGGCACCCGUUAGGGAUGCAACAAAGUACACGCCUGCUGGUGCCUGGUACGAUGGUUGGGAGACUAGAAGGCAUAAUGAGAAUCCUUACGAUUGGGUCAUCCUCAGAAUGGGGGUGUUUUCUGCACAAAUAGUGGGCGGUGAAAUCGACACCGCAUUUUUCAAUGGUAAUCAAGCUGAGUUUGCAUCGGUUGAGGGGCUCUACGAUGAAGCCGCCACUGACAUAUCUGAGACGGAUGAACGUUGGGAUCAGAUAAUCCCUAAAUUCGAAUGUGAGCCGUCAAAGAGGCACUUCUUCCUCAGAACUGACGGCUUAACGGAGAAGAAAUACACUCACAUUAAGUUAAAAAUGUUCCCAGACGGUGGCAUUGCUAGAUUUAGACUUUACGGUAAGGUGUUCCCGCCGAAUGUUGUUUCUGCGACAAAGCAGCAUCCCUUGGAUCUUGCCAGCGCCUGCAAUGGUGGUGUAGCACUAGCCGUAUCGGACCAACAUUUCGGUUCUGCAGACAACCUGUUGGUGCCUGGGAGAGGCCAUGAUAUGUCAGAUGGUUGGGAAACUACAAGAUCCAGAAAGCCUGGACAUGUGGAUUGGGUUAUUAUUCAAUUAGGCCGUGAAACAAGCUUUCUGGAUAAGGUCAUUAUUGACACAGCCCACUUCAAAGGUAAUUUCCCUCAGUAUAUUAUGGUCCAUGGAGCUCAAGGUCCUCAAGAUGAUAAUUGGAUCGAAUUGGUGCCAAAAUCAAAAACGGGCCCGGAUAAAGAACACGAAUAUGUCAUUGGCAAGGAGCAAAAAAUCACUCACGUUAAAGUUACCAUCAUACCAGAUGGCGGUCUUAAAAGGAUUAGAGUAUGGGGUUACUAG